AUGAAAAGCCAGACGCCUGACUUGUCCUUUCGAAUCGUCACAAACCCAAUUCCAAGAAACGGUUGCCUUUUAAUAUUACUAGUUUUAGAAACAACUAGACCAUGAUUAGAUAUUUAUGAGGAACUUCCAAGAAAGAUAUUCGAAAAAUGAAAAUUCGAGUUGAAAUUCUAUUGCAUAUACUCGAAACGAUUGGCUAGUCCUAAUCAACCCUCGGACUUUUUUGAGAUUCGUCAGAUCCGCCCAUCCGAUUCUCGGAUGUCUACUCGAUCCUCGUCGACUUUCUGUCGAUCACGAUUCUGACUCUAACCUUUAUCGUCGCUGCCAUAGUCAUUUUCUGUUUGCCAAGGUUCUGAAAUAAUCCUUUCUCACAGAAAAAUUCCAAUCAUACCGUUGAAUUUGAUCUAAUAAGUAAAUUUCUUUUCCUUUGAACUUUGGAAAUUUCUGAAAUUUCUGAAAUUUUCUCAAUUUCCGUUUAAAAUUAAGAUAAAGGCGAACAUUUACACUUAAAAAAAAGACACCUAGCGAGAAGUUAGAACUUCGCAACGUACGCGCUCCAAAGUUGAACAUUUGUGAAAAAAGCAAACUUCAUUUCUAAAUUUAAUUUUUUGAGCGAGCUGUUAGAAAAUUUCAUAGUCAAAAAUAACAUGAAGCUUUUUAGCUUAACAAAAUCAACAAGCGUAAAAAAUCCCACAUUAAACAGAAACUUUUGUGGCUGUGUUUAGAUAAGGUGUGAAUUAGAGGAAAUCGAAUUUUUUUUCUACCUCGUGUUAGAGGUACUCUUAAUGACAUUGGACUUCCGGAACAGCGGGAAGAAAGAAGAAGCUGUGGAUGCGGAGAAGACGGCGGUUUUCGACGAGCAGGACAGCGAAAAAGAGCACAUCUUCGACGAGGACGGCGUCUACUGCACCAAGCGUUUUCAAGGCAUUCCGGUCGACUUCUACAUCUUUCCAGAGACAUGAGCUCUUUUUCAGAGCGACAAGUUGGCCGUCGAAAAAGGCAUCAUAAAACCGGAAAUCUACGAAGAGCUUCGAAAAAAGGGUAUGAUGUAUAAUUUCGACAUUUCCUGCAAGUUCAAUUUUUCAGGAAAGUCCAAAGAAGUUUCGCAUUAG